AUGGAUAAUCUCCCUGGUGUCUGGGCUGUAGUGACUCCGUGUGACCACGUGUUUGUGGGGGUUUCCAGGCUACUGAAUGAGAACGACAAGCGGCCGUUUGUGGAAGAGGCCGAGAGGCUGAGAUCUCAGCACAAGAAGGACCACCCUGACUACAAAUACCAGCCGCGCCGCAGGAAGAACCUGAAGCCCGGGCAGAGCGAGGGAGACCCCCAUCCUGACGACCCCCCCAUCUCCUCCGUGCAGACGCACUACAAGGCCGUGCCCCAGGACAGGGGGCGCUCCCUGGGGGGCUCUCCCCUCUCGGAGGGUCACAGCGAACACACGGGUCAGAACCAUGGGCCGCCCACCCCUCCCACCACCCCCAAGACGGAGCUGCAGCCUGGCAAGGGGGAGGGUAAGCGAGAGGGGCGCCCGCUGGCCGAGGGGGGCAAACCCCACAUCGACUUCGGCACCAUGGACAUCGGUGACCUGAGCCACGACGUGAUGUCCAACAUGGAGACCUUCGACGUGCACGAGUUCGACCAGUACCUGCCCACCAACGGGCACCCAGGCCACGGGCAGGCGGGGGUGCUAGGUGGCGGAGGAGGAGGAGGAGGGGGGCUGGGGGGCGCUGGCUACUCCGCGGGGGGCUACCCCGGUCUGACGGGCACGCCCGGGCACCCCGCUUGGAUCUCCAAAGCCCACCCGUCGGCCGGGGGAGCCUCCUCCGUCUCCGCGACUGGACCCAGCUCCGUCUCCGAGCUCAAGGCCCAGAUCAAGACGGAGGCCCAUCCGGCACAUUACCAGGAGCCGCCCCAGCACCCCUCGGCCCAGAUCACCUACACCUCGCUCAGCCUCCCUCACUACGGCUCGGCCUUCCCCACCAUCACCCGGUCCCAGUUCGACUACUCCGACCAUCAGCCUCCAGCGGCCUCCUACUACAGCCCGUCCGCCCAGACCUCAGGACUCUACACCGCCUUCUCCUACAUGGGACCCUCCCAGAGGCCCCUCUACACCCCCAUCGCAGACCCCACCUCCAACGCCCAGGCGCGGAGCCCCAGCCACUGGGAGCAGCCAGUCUACACAACCCUGACCAGGCCUUAAGGGGCUCCGCUCUACACUGCUCUGCUCUGCGGAGAGAGAGAGAGAGGGCAAUGGACAUGAUGAGAAGAUGGAUGGGUGACCGAGUCUGGGAGCUUUUUUUUCCCGCGGUGGGGGCUGGUUGGGGCUGGCAUUGGGGUGGGGGGGGUUUGGGGUUGGUUGGGCGGAGGAAGGAGAGAUAAAAAUGUCAACGGUUUGCAUUUUAACACACACACACACACGGACCUCUUUUCGCGAAGGAUAGGGUGUCAGAACCCAGCCUGAGGGGAAGGUUGGGGGGGGGAGGGAGAGUGGGGGGAACUGUUCCUGAAGGUGGGAGAAUUGGUGU